AUGGUACGAGACCACGAGAAAGAAGAAAUUGGUGGAUUCAUUUUCAAAGAAGCAAAAAAAGCAGCGAAUAAACUCAAUCUAAUAUUCGACCUUCAGCGCCAACAUUUAGAAUCCAUCACAGAACACAGCGCCACACAGGUAGUCAACCGAAUUAGGUCCACACAGAACAGGAGGUUCUUGCAAAAUCACGUGGAGAAACCCGUGCACGGAGCCUUCUAUAACAUAAUGACACAACAGCAGCUUUCUGAGAGACUAUCGUUUGCUUUCCUGAGGUCGAGUGGCUUAAGAUCUGAGACAGAGGGAUUUAUACUGGCAUGCCAGGACGGUGUCUAUGGCUCUUUGGUGUAUCGUAGCCGUAUUAUGGGCCAACAAAUCGAAGAUAUAAGAUGUAGAGCAUGCCAUCAAGCUCCGGAGACCCUGUGGCACAUACUAUCAGCCUGCCCUACUUAUGCGGCUUCGGCUUAUACCCAGCGCCAUAACGCCGCAUUGAGGGUGAUAUACUAUCACCUUCGUCAUAUGCAUGGAUUUGAUGAAACGCCAGUGCUACCACAAACACCGAAAGAAAUUGAGUCCUUGGUGGAAAACGAAACAACCAAAAUUUACUGGAACUAUCCAUUCCAGGCCUUCGGACAAAUACGGGCGAACAGACCAGACAUAGUUCUCCAGGAUAUAGCGACGAAAAUAAUUUAUGUCAUAGAAUUCUCGGCGCCAUCAGAGAAGAACAUAAUCAGUAAAGAAGAGGAAAAGAGGGAGAAGUACCAGGAACUCCUGGAGCAAAUGCGCAGAAUGUACGCUGAUCAUUCUGUAAGGUUGGUGGUACUAGUGAUAGGAAGUUUAGGAGGAGUUAAAGACACCCUGCUCCAGCAAUUGAAACUGAUACCAGCGUGUUAUAAUGUAGCGGAACGACUUGCUGCAAGCAUGCAGAAGGCUGUGAUUUUGGGCUCUCUCAAAAUACUCAGGGCACACGAUACGCGGAUUCAGUGA